AUGCGGGGCACCACCCUCUUUGCCCUGCUAACUGGGGUCAUGCUGUACCUGGUGAUGGGUGCACUUGUUUUCCGCACCCUGGAGGCCCCAAGUGAAAAUGAAGCAUUCAAGAACCUGCUCAAUGAGACGCAAACCUUUCUGAAGAACAAAUCCUGCGUCACCGAGGUGGAAUUCCACAAACUUGUGAAGGUAUCAUUGGACUCAUUGUGCAAACUAUGACAUUAACAUUUUGACACAGUUUUAAAACAAAAAUGUUCUGUAUCCUUCCCCUCUUGUUUUCUUUCUGACCUCAUUUUGACACACCACAUCAUUAAGUCCAUUUGAAGAAAAAAAAACAAAGUAAUUUAAGGUAAAAAAAAAUGUAGGACAUAAAAUUGAGUCUAUACACCAUAGUUUGCGUUGUACAGUUUAAAGUCUCAAUGCUGUGAUUGGCCCUAAAGAUGGAUUGUUAUAUUGUUUAUCGGCAGUAGAAAGUCACCCAUCUGAAGAGAAUAAUUCAGCGUACUAAGUAAUAAACCAGAUAUAUCAGAUUUCUAUCAGAUCUCUAUAACACAUUAUAAAUAUAUGUGUUAUUAAAUAUGUGUUAUAACUGUUAACAACUCACUGACCAUGCCCACAUAGAUAAUGAAUUAUACAUAUAUUUAUGAUGUGUUAUAAUUUGCUUAUAAAUUUGUAUAACUAUCAUUAUAAACACUCAUUAAUUAUCAUAAGGCUUUAUAACAAUGGAAAUAACACAUUAUGAUACCUGACCUUGUAAGUCAUGAUAAAAUGCUUUAUAAUGUGUUAUGAUUCUUGCUAUAAAGCGUUAUGAUCAUUUAUAAGUGUUUAUAACUAUAGUUAUACAGUGCUAUAACGGGAUUAUAACACAUUAUACAUAUAUUUAUAAUAUGUUAUAUAGGCGUCAAGUAAAGUGUUACCUAAAGGGCCAUAGAUGUUUUCAAAAAGGAUGUAGGGUAAGAUCAACAGACAGGUAGCAGGUCCUUAACUAACUCCCUCACCUCCACAGUCACAAACUUUCAUCUUUCCAUCGACAACUCCACCCUCUCCCCCUCCUCCCACUGUCGCAACCUUGGCAUUCUCUUCGACAGCAACCUCUCCUUCACCCACCACAUAAAGCAAAUCACUAAAACAGCCUACUUCCACCUCAAAAACAUUGCCCGCCUCCGCCCCUCCCUCUCCUACCCUGCAGCUGAAACCCUUAUACAUGCAUUCAUUUCAUCUCGUCUAGAUUACUGUAACAGUCUCCUUUAUGGCACCACCUCCACUCUCCUCAAUAAACUUCAGCUUAUCCAGAACUCAGCCGCCCGCCUCCUCACCCACACACGCUCCCAUCAACACAUCACCCCCGUCCUCCAAAACCUUCACUGGCUCCCCAUCCCACAUCGCAUUCAAUACAAAAUCCUCCUCCUCACCCACAAAGCACUCCACAACCUCGCCCCCCCCCUACCUACAGGAUCUUCUCCACCCCUACAUCCCCUCCCGCACCCUCCGCUCCGCCAAUGCCAACCUCCUCACAGUUCCCCUGACCAAGCACCGAACCUAGGGGGACAGAGCCUUCUUAGUCGCCGCCCCCACCCUCUGGAACUCACUCCCACUCGAACUCAGAAACUUCACUGACCUCUCCAGAUUCAAGACCCUUCUCAAAACCCACCUCUUCAGCACUGCCUUCCAUCCUUCUUAGCCCCCCCCCCCCAUUGGACUUUACCUGAUUCUACAUGUUUUUAUUAAUAUUGCCGUAAAUUUUAUUGCUUAUUGAUGUGUGUUUUAUUGUUAUUGCUUAAACUUUGUACAGCGUCUUUGUGUUUCUGAAAAGCGCUUUAUAAAUAAAAUGUAUUAUUAUUAUUAUUAUUAACUUCACAAGUUCAUUCUCUCAAAGUUUGUGCUUCUUUUAAAUUUUGGGACUUUUAUUUCUCUCUCCUGUUAUCUAGUUUCUACUUCACUAUAAGUCAGAGGCAAAUCCUCUUCCUCUGCUACAUUUAUCUACAGAUACAGUCACAAGUUACUUUUGGUAAUGAUAUAUUUAUUUAUCUUAUGACAUACAAAAAAUGAUUGAAGUUUGAAGCUUUACCUGCAGGAUGUGGCGUAUGCAGUCGAGGCAGGCCUGGAUAUGAGCAGCCUGCCUGCCAACUUCACCAGCCGCUGGGACAUCGCUUCUGCUUUCUUCUUCUGUGGUACCAUCAUUACCACCAUAGGUAGGUGGGACUUACUCCCAGGCUGUUCUUCUUUAAAUGCCAUCUUGAGUAAAGAUCUCUGUUGGAAAGGUGGAUAGAUAGGGGAGCUAACUUCUCACAGAGUCCCUGCAGUAUUCAGAAGUUUCACUUUUUUGUUCAUUUUGAUACACGGCAGCUUUAUGAAUUUAGUCUUUAGCACUGGGCACACGUUCAUCCCUGUGCAGUUAUUAUCCCUUAUGUUUAACCUGAAAAGGAUCACCAAAUUGUGUUUCUAAAUCACUGUCAAUUGAAAUAAAUGAUUACGAGAGGAGUAAAUUAUUGUCUUAAUUAAUGUAAAAUAUGUAUUUUAAUAAGUCUCACUGGGUAAGCCUGCAUAUAUCAUUAUUCUCCCUUUGACCAGUAAGCAAACGUGUCAGACUUCUCUGAAUACAUGUUAUUCAAAGCUGCUCUGACCUAAAAAUCUCUUAAUUCUGGUUGUUAUUUCACAGGUUUUGGGAACCUGUCUCCUAGGACUUGGUAUGGCCAGUUGUUCUGUGUGUGCUAUGCUCUGGUGGGCAUACCCAUGUUUGGCAUACUGCUGGCCGGCGUGGGUGACCACAUGGGUACCGUACUGCGAAGAGCUGUGGGCAAAAUUGAGACUCUCUUCCUGGUGAGAAUGGUCUGUCCUGCCUGAGGAGCCAAACUCAGCUGGAUUCACGCUGUCUGACUGUCCCCUAGCUUGUUCUAAAAGCAGAUUUGCUGAUUUUGUUUGAAGCAUCUGUCUGGGACUUCUGGUUUAUGUUUCAACUUAGACAGAGUUGAUAUUAAAGCUGUCUUGUGACAGGCUGAAGUGUUCAUUUUCCUUCUGUCUGACUCUGUGGUUAUCUUUCUCCCUCAGAAACGUAAGGUCAGGCCAACCACCGUGCGUGUGAUAUCAGCAGUUCUCUCCAUCCUGGUUGGUUGCCUGAUCUUCCUCGCAGUUCCCACAGUCGUGUUUCAGAAAGUGGAGGACUGGACCUUUCUGGAGGCACUCUAUUUUGUGGUCAUUACACUCACCACUGUUGGAUUUGGAGACUAUGUACCAGGUUACUGACACACAACACGCACCCAGUCACAGACACCAGCAUACCUUAUGCACUUUGAGAUCUGCAUAAAAUGUAUUAUUAUUAUCAUUUUUAUUAUUACCUCCUUUUAGACGGUAUAGACAGCUGUUUGUUCUGGGGCAGUUGUUUCUCCGCCCUCCGAGAGAUCAUACUAUACUAUGACAUUUUUUCAUACUAAAAUACGAUAUUUUUAAAUUACUAUACUUUGACAUUUUUUAUCAUACUAAACUAUGAAAAAUUUCACAUAAUAAAAUAUGAUUUUUUUCAUACUACAUUAUGACAUUUUUAUCAUAUUAUACUGUGAAAUUUUUUCAUACUAAAAUAUCAAUUUUUAUUUACACAAAAAUUUGAUAUUUUUAUCAUUUUAUAUGAUGAUAUUUUCAUCAUGCUAUACUAUGACAUUAUUUACCAUACUGCACUUUGACAUUUUUAUCAUACUAAAAUAUGAAAUUUUUUAAAACUAUAAUAUGAUAUUUUAAUCAUACUAUACGAUGAAAUUUUUUUCAUAAUAAAAUAUAAUUUUUUAUUUACUCAAAAAUAUCAGAUUUUUAUCACACUAUACUUUGACAUUUUUAAAUACUAAAACAUGAUACUUAUAUUAUACUCUAUUAUGACAUUUAUUUUCCUACUAUACUGAUAUUUUUUAAUACUAAAAUAUGAAAAAAAAAUUCUAAAUAAAAUAUGAAACUUUUAACAUACUAGAGCUGAAACCAACCCCAAUUGCGUGUUUUGCUCAUCAAACCAAACAACAAUCUAAAGGUGUCACCGAGGACUUUGGGAACUUCUUGAUCCAAUUGUAAUGAAAAGGCAAAGGAUAAUCCACGCUCUGAACAGCAACCUUCCUCCCUCUCUCUCUGGGUCCAGCUGGUGGUCGCACCGGUGGAAUACUCUUCAAGCCUCUGGUGUGGUUGUGGAUUGUGUUUGGUCUUGCCUACUUUGCCUCCAUCCUCACCAUGAUUGGAAACUGGCUGAGGGUGCUGUCUAAGAGGACGCGUGCUGAGGUGAGAGAUGUUUGGCCCCAAAACAUCAACAUUUUUAUCUCAUCUUCUUCAGACGUUCACUCCUCUCUCUCUCUCACUCUCUUCGCUUUCUCUCUCAGAUGGAAGAGUUGAGGGCACACGCUACUGACUGGACCCAGAAUAUCCAGAACAUGUCCAUGGACUUCCGCAUCCCAAACCCUCUGGAGUUCAACGACCCUUUCCUCCUGCAGCGCCGGCGCUGGAAACGCAGCGAGCGUCGCCGCAUCCGUCGAGGAGCCCAGGGCACUUUGGGACAGUGGGUCAGAGGAGGAUCUGAGAAUGGACACCUGCCAAACCGCUGGGCCAGCCUUUCUCGCUCUAUGAGCCAGCUGGACACACAUUCUUCUCUUGAGAGGGCAGCAGCGGCUAAGUCCAGGCCUCGGGUCAGCGCUGAUGGAACAGUCUCCAGAGCAGGGCCUAGACCCAGGGUUGAGCCUGCUGUGGUUCUGCAGGUGGAGGCCCGGUCGUUUCCUCAUCAUCUGGCCCGCUCGUUCUCCCUUCCUGUGGCCCCCUCCACCUCAGAGCUGGACCCAGGAGGUGCAGCUUUGCAGAACGGAUCCCUCUCUGGAUCGGAGUCUUCCUUUGACUCAAGAUCUGACUGCUCUUCAGUCUCUUCGUCUUUUGUGACGCUCCAGGUUCCAACGAGGUUCCAGACUUGUUGCACAGUGCAGGAGGAGGGCCAAAUGAGAGCUGCUCAAAUUAGCAUGGUUCAAGAGAAACUCAAAGUGAUUCCAGCAGAGGAGUGUGAAUCUGUGGCAAAAAAUACCUUCAAACACCCUGCCCCCAUUUUUCUUUGUCCCUCCUUGUCUCCUCAACCCUCAUGUCUUCCUUCUUCAAGCACCCCCAUCCUUUUUCCCUCUUUUCCCCUCAACGUCGCCUCCUCAUCUGGCUGUCAGCUGCUGGAUUUCUUUGGAGAGAACCUGGCGUACAUCGAUGAGUCCUCAGACACUCCGAGUGACCACGUCCAUUCAGCAGCAAGUGAGGAGAGGAGGAGACGGCCACGAAAACCUAAGAGAAGGAGUAUGAGGAGGCAGCUGCCGCACAGUCUGAGCCCCGGCCAGGUAAGGAGGCCCAGCAGUGACACGCAGCCUCCAUCAAACCCCCCGACACCACCUCCAGACUCUUCUUCUCUCUCAGAUGUUGCCUCGUGUGAGGAUCAGAGUGGUUCACACUCAGGGAGCAACUGCACCCAGAACACGGAGGUAGAGGCAAGAGCUGACAGAGCAGAUAAGUCUUCACCUCAACUUCAAACCCCUUACACAUGA